CAAUGAUGAUGGUUCCCAGAGUAUUUUCUUUCCUUCAGUUUUCCACCCUCUUAUAUCUCUUUAUAGUUACUUUUGCAUCCACUGAGGAAGCAACUGCUCUCCUCAAAUGGAAAGCAACUUUUCUAAACCAGAAUAAUUCCCUAUUGGCUUCUUGGACAUUAAGUACUGAUGCAUGCAAGGACUGGUAUGGAGUUAAAUGCUUAAAUGGUAGGGUAAACAUGUUGAAUAUUACAAGUGCUAGUGUCAUUGGCACACUAUAUGAUUUUCCAUUUUCAUCUCUCCGUUUUCUUGAAUAUGUUAAUCUUAGCAUGAACCAGCUAUCUGGCACCAUCCCACCAGAAAUUGGAAAGCUCACUAGUCUUGUCUAUCUUGACUUGUCGGUGAACAAUCUUUCUAGUUCAAUUCCCAAAACUAUAGGCGACUUAACUGAGCUCAAAAUUUUGUAUCUUUAUUCUAACCAACUUUCUGGUCCCAUUCCUAGUGAGUUGGGGAAUCUGAAAAACCUCAAUGAUUUGGAAUUAUCCCGUAAUCAACUUACCGGUUCAAUUUCAAUUACUCUAGGUGACUUAACUGAGCUCAAAAUUUUGUAUCUUCAUUCUAACCGGCUUUCUGGUCCCAUUCCUAGUGAGUUGGGGAAUCUGAAAAAACUCACUGAUUUUGGAUUACCCCGUAAUCAACUUACCGGUUCAAUUCCAAUUACUCUAGGUGACUUAACUGAGCUCAAAAUUUUGCAUCUUCAGUCUAACCAACUUUCUGGUCCCAUUCCUAGUGAGUUGGGGAAUUUGAAAAGCCUCAGUGAAUUGGAAUUAUCCGAAAAUCAACUUAGUGGCUCAAUUCCAAUUACUCUAGGUGACUUAACUGAGCUCAAAAUUUUGUAUCUUUAUUCUAACCAACUUUCUGGUCCCAUUCCUAGUGAGUUGGGGAAUCUGAAAAACCUCACUAAAUUGGAAUUAUCCCAUAAUCAGUUUACCGGUUCAAUUUCAAUUACUUUAGGUGACUUAACUGAGCUCAAAAUUUUGUAUCUUCAUUCUAACCAACUUUCUGGUCCCAUUCCUAGUGAGUUGGGGAAUCUGAAAAAACUCACUGAUUUGGGAUUAUCCCGUAAUCAGCUUACCGGUUUAAUUUCAAUUACUCUAGGUGACUUAACUGAGCUCAAAAUUUUGCAUCUUCAUUCUAACCAACUUUCUGGUCCCAUUCCUAGUGAGUUGGGGAAUUUGAAAAACCUCACUGAUUUGGGAUUAUCCCGUAAUCAGCUUACUGGUUCAAUUUCAAUUACUCUAGGUGACUUAACUGAGCUCAAAAUUUUGCAUCUUCAUUCUAACCACCUUUCUGGUCCCAUUCCUAGUGAGUUGGGGAAUUUGAAAAACCUUACUGAGUUGUCUUUAUCCGAAAAUCAACUUUAUGGUCCCAUUCCUAGUGAGUUGGGGAAUUUGAAAAACCUUACUGAGUUGUCUUUAUCCGAAAAUCAACUUUCUGGUCCCAUUCCUAGUGAGUUGGGGAAUUUGAAAAACCUUACUGAGUUGUCUUUAUUCAAAAAUCAACUUUCUGGGUCCAUUCCAAAAGGGCUUGCAUAUUUGGAUAACUUGAGAGAGAUAAACCUGGGUGGAAAUGAGUUUUCAGGCCAUUUGCCAGAGCAGCUUUGCCGAGGUGGGAAGCUUGAGAUCUUCACGGUGGAAAGCAACAAGCUAACAGGGCCAAUACCAAGUAGCUUGAGGAAGUGCUCUAGUUUCAAAAGGGUUCGCUUUGAUAACAAUAGUUUCACUGGGAAUUUAUCUGAAGCUUUUGGCAUCUAUCCAGAGCUUUAUUUCAUUGAUUUGAGUGACAAUAAUUUUCAUGGUGAACUCAGCAAUAAUUGGGGGAAAUGCAGGAAUUUGACUAAUCUGCGGGUAGCCAGAAAUAACAUUAGUGGUAGCAUACCACCAGAGAUUGGAAAUGUCAAAGGACUUCUAGGACUUGAUCUUUCAUCGAAUCAUUUGAUUGGGCAGAUUCCUAAGGAAAUUGGAGAUUUAACCUCUCUGGUUAAGCUUUUUGUGCAAAACAACAACAUUUCUGGCAAUAUACCUGGGGAACUUGGGUCACUGACAAAAUUAGAGUCCCUUGAUCUAUCAGACAAUAGAUUGAAUGGGUCGAUCCCAAUUUUUGUAGGAGAUUACGUGCACUUGUUUCAGUUGAACCUGAGCAACAACAAAUUUGGGCAGAAAAUUCCAAUGGAGAUAGGGAGGAUAACUCAGCUUAAUGCACUUGAUUUGAGCCAUAAUCAUCUUGUUGGAGAAAUACCCUCUCAUCUAGCUAAUUUGAAGAGCUUGGUAAGCUUAAAUCUUUCCCACAAUGGCCUCUCUGGCCGCAUUCCUGAAGAACUUGAAAGUUUGACUGGUUUGCAGGAUGUCGUGUUUUCAUACAAUGAGUUGGAAGGUCCAAUCCCUAAUAAUAAAGCUUUUAUCAAUGCCUCAUUGGAGGGUAAUAAAGGUCUUUGCGGAAAUGUAACAGGACUCCAACCCUGCGAAAGGCCAUCUUUUGUGGUGAAGAAGCAGUCAGUGGCGAAGAGACGUAAACUCAUCCUCAUCACUGUACUUCCUGUUAUGGGAGCACUAGUACUAUUCUGUGCUUUCAUUGGUGUUCUCUUUAUGUGUGAUAAAAGAAGGAAAGUUAGAGACGUUGAAAGACGUGAUGAUGGUUGGAUUUCGAUAUCCAUGUUAGAUGGAAAGGCAUUAUACAGAGAUAUCUUAAACGCCACAGAGGAGUUUGAUGCAACAUUUUGCAUCGGGCAAGGAGGGCAUGGAAGCGUAUACAAGGUAAACCUUCCAUCAUUAGGGAAUAUAGCUGUGAAGAGACUUUAUUCUUCAUUUGAGAAUACACAUCCCAAAAGCUUUAUGAAUGAAGUAAGGGCAUUGAUUGGGAUUAAGCACCGGAACAUCGUGAACCUCUACGGCUAUUGUUCGAAUGCAAAAAACUCGUUGUUGGUUUACGAGUAUGUGGAGAGGGGGAGUUUGUCUAGUAUUUUGAGCAAUGAAGUUGAGUCCAAGAAAUUGGCUUGGCUUAAAAGGGUGAAUAUCAUCAAGGGUGUUGCUUUUGCUUUAUCUUACAUGCACCAGGAUUGCUCACCACCGAUUGUUCAUCGUGACAUAUCAAGCAGUAAUGUUUUGCUUGAUUCCGAGUAUGAAGCUCGUGUUUCAGAUUUUGGCAUAGCUAAGCUUCUCAAGCCAGACUCAUCUAAUUGCACUGCGCUUGCAGGCACAUAUGGAUAUGUUGCACCUGAGCUUGCAUAUACAAUGAAGGUUACACAAAUGUGUGAUGUCUAUAGCUUUGGAGUAUUAGCAUUGGAGAUAAUCAAAGGAAAGCAUCUUGGGGAAUACAUUACUGUGCUAGCAAAUUCGUCGACUAGAGAUCAUGUGCAGCUUAGCGAUUUGCUAGACGAACGCCUUCCAUAUCCUGAAGAUAGAGUAAAAGAGGUUUUGGUUUUUAUCAUCAAGCUAGCAAGUUCUUGUUUGCUUGAAACUCCAAAAUCAAGGCCAACAAUGCACUUCAUCUCUAAUAGGUUAUCAUCAAUGAAUCCACGUCCAUCUACUCAUGUAAGGCGAACUAUAUAAUCCCUAAGAUGUGAGGUGUCUUUGUAUGAAAAUGAACAAACUUUGAAACCAAGUGGCUGUGAAGUAAGUUAUUUGAUGAGACGGUCCAUGCCAAAAUUAUUACUGGGACUAGUAUUGUUGUAUUGUCAGGGUGCUUAUCUGAUUUAUUGUAUUAGAGUGUAUAAUGUAGAAGGUAAUUGUUCCUUGUGCCAAAAAGUAAUGAAAACAAGCUUCAUAUUUGCUAAAUACUG